ACAGAUGUUAAUAUAUUGGUAAUUCCGAAGACGAAGUUGAUAAAAUAUUUGGGGGAGAUAACUCUUGCAUUACAAUUCAAACGAGAAAACAUGGCAGUCGAGGUGAAAAUUCUGCCACAGCUUCCAACAGAGAUUUUAGUGAAAAUUCUGUGCUGUGAUACAGUUUCACAUGUCGAUAUUUGUCGGCUAGCCUUUACUUGCCAUCGAAUGAGAGACAUUUGCCUCACAGAAAAUAUAUGGAAAUGUAAAUUUUUUCAAUGCUGGCCUAAUGUUCUUCCAAAGACUAAAUACCAUAUGCCUGUGGCAUGGCGAAAAUUGUUCAUUCGGCAUUAUACAUGUAUCCAAAAUGUCAACCGGUUUCUUCAGAAUUUAGCAGAAAUUUGCUACAAUUAUGAGGAGGUUCCACCAGAUAAAUUUCAUAUAAUUCUCCAGUAUAUUGAUGAAGAUGAAAACAACAGAGAUUUUAUCACUAGUUAUCUCCAUUUAAUUGCAUCGGAUCCAGUAGAAAACUUAACAAAGAAAUACUAUGCUGGUAAGACAUUGCAGCACAUUCAGCAUCACAGUUUAUCUAAAGCUUGGCAUAGUUAUUUAUCACUGCCUAUUAAUGAACAGAAACUGGAAAUUGGUACAAUUUAUAUGCAUAACUGGCAUUGUUUUUUGGAAACAACAAAUAUUGAAGACAUAUUACAAAAACUAGAUACACUUGCAUAUGAAGUUAAAAAGGAACUGGCAAAAUUUCGCCCAGAUCAUCCUACACUUGUUAAAGAAGACCUUUAUGAUACUAUUGAUACCAAUCUGUGGAAUCCUACAGAUACUCGUGAUAUACUUAUUGCUAUGAAUAAUAUUUUGUACAAGAAACACAGAUUCCAUGCCGAAGAAUAUUCUUCAAUGGAUCUUCUGAAUAUCAACAAGGUUUUAAUUAGUAAACGUUGUCUACGUUGGAUAGUAACUGUGAUUUAUCAGAGUGUAGCUCGAAGACUUGGAGUCCUCUUAGAACCAAUUCCGCCUUUCAUGCAACUUCUUCGUUGGCAAGAACAUCCAAAUGAACAAGCCAGUUAUAAACAGUAUACCUAUUUAAACACAAAUGAAAGUGGACGGUUCCUUAGUGAAACACAAUGCUAUCAUUUACACAACGAAGAGGUUGUCAUUCCUCCCAGAAGAUGGUUUCACAACAUUGCAACAAAGCUGUUGAGGGUGGGUCGUAUUGCAGAGGGUCAGUUGAUGGUACGUAAUUACAUGAAGCUGGCUAUUUUAUUAGACCCUGAAGAUCUGGAUAUGCUGGCUGUCUGGGUAGAAUAUAAUGUUAGUGCUAAUGUUAAUUUAGAACAGGUGUUGAUUAGUGCCCAAAGACUUUUGUGCUCUGAAGUUCAAAGAUUCCAGUGUCUUGGCAAGAGACUUAUUCACCGUAUUGAAGAAGAACUUGCAAAAGAUGGCGAAUCUAAACCAGAAGCCCUUGUCCCAAGACGAAGAGCAGACAACCAGGAAGUGGAAUUUUCAGUUGGAUUAAUCAUGAAACAUAAGAGAUAUGACUACAUGUGUGUAAUAACUGGUUGGGAUAAAAAAUGUAUGGCAUCUCAAGAAUGGAUUCUUGGAAUGGAUGUUGACCGACUUCAAAACCAAAGGAACCAACCUUUCUAUGAUGUUCUGGUCAAUGAUGGAAGCAACAGAUAUGCAGCUCAAGAGAACCUUUGUAUGCCUGACCAUGGAGAAAUGAUUCAGCACAAUGAAACAGGGCGUUAUUUUCAAAAGUUCUGUGAUAAUUACUAUUUUCCUAAUGAACAAACAAUGACUAAAUACCCAGAUGACUUGGCAGUAACACAACAGAUUAUUCAAACACACUAUGGAUGUUUAUAGACUGGAAAGGAAAACUGAGUGUGUGUAUGUGUCUCUACCAUUUCAUCUUUUUGGGACUCUUUUGAACAGAACCCUCUAGUCUUGUCUCUGGCAAUAAAAUUACUGUUACCAAUAUCAUGUGAAAA